UGCCCUUUUCGCUCACUCUCCCUCCUCUCCUCCCCUUUCUCUCUCUCUCUCUCUCUCUCUCUCUCUCUCCGUCUUCCUCACCCACCCCCUUUCUCUCCGUCUCCUCCGUCCCUUGCACCUCCAGUCUGCUUCUGUUGUCUCGGCGGAUUGUUGGGCUUGUGGGAGAGAGAAAAGGAUAUCGCGAGUAUUGGAGUUUUGGUGAGAGUUUGUGGAAGAUGGCGCCUGUUGUGACAGGGAAGUUCGGGGAGCGCCCUCAGCCACAGCGCCUGACAAGAGAAGCGAUGAGGAAUUACCUGAAGGAGCGAGGCGACCAAACCGUCAUGAUCCUUCACGCCAAAGUCGCACAAAAAUCCUACGGCAACGAGAAAAGGUUCUUCUGUCCUCCUCCCUGCGUUUACCUGAUGGGCAGCGGUUGGAAGAAAAAGAAGGAGCAGAUGGAGCGCGAUGGCUGCUCGGAGCAGGAGUCGCAGCCCUGCGCCUUCAUCGGCAUCGGAAACAGCGACCAGGAAAUGCAGCAGCUCAACCUGGAGGGAAAGAAUUAUUGCACAGCCAAAACCUUGUACAUAUCCGACUCCGACAAGAGAAAGCACUUCAUGUUGUCCGUCAAGAUGUUCUACGGAAACAGCGCUGACAUCGGUGUCUUCCUCAGCAAGAGGAUCAAAGUCAUCUCCAAACCGUCGAAGAAGAAGCAGUCGCUGAAGAACGCCGACCUCUGUAUCGCGUCGGGGACCAAGGUGGCGCUGUUCAACCGGCUUCGAUCCCAGACGGUCAGCACGCGCUACCUCCACGUGGAGGGAGGGAACUUCCACGCCAGCUCCCAGCAGUGGGGCGCCUUCUACAUCCACCUGUUGGAUGAUGAGGAGUCAGAGGGGGAGGAGUUCACUGUGAGAGACGGUUACAUCCACUAUGGACAGACGGUCAAACUGGUCUGCUCUGUCACCGGCAUGGCCCUGCCCAGACUGAUAAUCCGUAAGGUGGACAAACAGACGGCGCUGUUGGACGCCGACGACCCCGUCUCCCAGCUCCAUAAGUGUGCCUUCUACCUGAAGGACACCGAGCGCAUGUACCUGUGCCUUUCCCAAGAAAGGAUCAUCCAGUUUCAAGCCACUCCAUGCCCAAAGGAACCAAACAAGGAGAUGAUCAACGAUGGCGCCUCCUGGACAAUCAUCAGCACAGACAAAGCUGAAUACACUUUCUACGAGGGCAUGGGCCCCGUCCACUCACCUGUCACCCCGGUGCCUGUGGUAGAGAGCUUACAGCUAAACGGCGGCGGAGACGUGGCCAUGCUGGAGCUGACGGGACAGAACUUCACUCCAAAUCUGCGGGUCUGGUUUGGAGACGUCGAGGCUGAGACCAUGUACAGGUGUGCGGAGAGCAUGCUGUGCGUGGUGCCCGACAUCUCCGCUUUCCGCGAGGGCUGGCGCUGGGUGCGGCAGCCCGUCCAGGUUCCCGUCACGCUGGUGAGGAACGACGGCAUCAUCUACUCCACCACACUGACCUUCACCUACACGCCGGAGCCGGGGCCGCGGCCCCACUGCAGCGCCGCCGGGGCCAUCCUGAGGGCGGGCAACUCCAGCCUGCUGAGCAGCAACAGCAACAGCCAGGAGCCCGGCUCGGCCGUGUACGGCCCCAACAGCACCUCCAACGCCGGGGUGACGUCCUCCACCGCCGCCGCCGUGGUCUCCUAACGCACACCGGGGCCACGCCACAUGCCUUGAGCAGAUAUACCAGGAGGUAUACCAGACUAUGGGAAUAAUAAACAAACUGACUCACUCUGAAGUGCUGCGAAUGAAUUUUUGGAUACAAAGAAGCUGAAACGUGGGCGGGACAAACGGAGCGGGAGGAUUGGCUCCUCCCCCGUCGUGGUUACUUUAGGGACCUGCCGAUCCAGUCCUGGUGUUUGGAGUGACGUCCCUUCAGACUCAGAGCACCAGCACCUUUUACAGCUGUGAGAAUGAAACCGCAACAACAAUACAUCCACCACGGAAAUUCAAAAACAAAACAAAACACAAUCUGUUUUUUUUUUGUUUUGUUUGUUUGUUUUUUGGCACCCGCCCCCCCCUUCCCACAGGCUCCGCCCACCUCCUUGUGUUGAGUUUGUUUUGGCGUCGGUUUGUGGUUUCUACAGGAUGGAUGUAUUGUUGUUGGACGCAGAGGGACACACAUAAAACGUGACGAUAACAUAGUUUUUAUGGACCAAGGAUCUUGUAUAAGCUUUAGUAAAGGUACAUUUUUCUCCAUACCUUUUUUGUAUUAAACAUAUAGUCCACUUUUGUUACCAAAUAGUUUCUACUCUUCCUCUGAGCUCGGGCUUUGUGUUUCCCCUUUGAGGUCCAAAAUCCCAACCUGUAUUUUACGCCUCUUUGGAUUAUUUUUUUAACUCUUGCUUCUUCUUCUUCUUCUUCUUCUUUUGUUGGGAAAAAAAUCUGAAGUCUUGGUUGUUUAUUACAUACAAGAAGGUUUUUGUUUUCUUUUGUUUUUUUGUUUUUUUUUUAAAUUGGGGAAUAACCUCAGAGGGCCUAUUUUUUAUCAUUGGUUUUUAUGAAGUCUUUAAAAAGAAAAGCUUUAAGCAACGCCUCUGCCUUGCCUGCAAUACUCUUAUGUGCGCUAUGUCUCCGUUGGAACCUAAACCCAUCAGUCCAUCUCACAUGGAGCCAUAGCAACGGCCAACAUUUGCAGAAAACCGAAAAAAAAAAAAAAAAAAAAAAACACCCUAGACUUCCACGGUUCCGAAUCGACUCCUGUUCAACCUAAUGUAAUAACGUAGACUUAACGGAUAGCCUUAGUACUGUAUAUUCUUACUGUGUACACGGUCGAAGCGAUCACAUAUCUAAUAUCCUGUAUCGGUCACUGUAUCGUCAAAACAACUUCCUGCUCCAACUGCACCCGGCGAAAGGCGUCUUCCAUGGCGUUUCCACGGCGACGGACUAUAUCCCAAUUCGAUGUGGCCUUAACUGAUAACGAUUCUCCCGAAACGUCUCACCUUUUUUUUUUCUUUCUUAUCUGCUGUUUACUUACGUUGGAAGAACAACAACAACAUCAUCAAGAGUCUCGCUUCAUAUCGACUGAACGCCGCCGCCGCCGUGCAGCUGCAACAACCGCCUUCCGGAAGGAUCUCCACGCCUUCGUUUUUCUUGGUGUACAAGUACAAAAAAGUACAAUAACCCAGUUUUUUAUGGUGGUGCCGGUGCGAUGCCGGCGACUUUUCACUUUUUGGUACAAAUGUGUCACGAGCGCUGUAAGCUCUGUUCAGCCUUCUUCGCCUUUUUGAGAAUCUCCUGUGGUUUUUUUUUUUGUUUGUUUGUUUUUCUUUUGUCUUUGCAGAAACAUGUACAUUGUAAACUCACUGUCGGAGUAGUUGCACUCAUCGUGUUCAUGGCGACUGCGUCUCCUGUCGGAGUAUAAAGGCCUUCUAAAUGUAUUGUUGAAGAUGUGCAUUUCCAAACAUACAGCAAUAUUGUACAGGUCAUUACGUCUUCUUGUCAGCAUUUUUCUUUUUUUUUUCUUUGUUUUUUUGUUUUUUGUCCGCCUGAGCACUAGUUCACCAGCCAGCAAAUAUAUAUAAAUAUAUAUAUGUGUGUGUGUGUGUGUGUGUGUGUGUGAGAGUGUGUGUGUGUGAUUGUCGUACAUAGUUGCUGUAAUGGAAAACUGAGUUAGACUCGCUCCAUUUACAACCGCUUUCCAAGAAAAAAAAAAAAAAAACACACAAAAAAAAGUCAAAUAAAUGGGAUUCUUUGCCGUCUUCCACCGG